AUGGCAGAGCCGGGCCCGGAGCCGGGGAGCGCUUGGCGGCUGCUGGCCCUGUGCGGGGCUGCCGUGUUUCUGGCGGCUGCCGCUGCCGGAGGGGCGCUGGUGGCCUGGAACCUGGCGGCCUCGACGGCCCGGGGUACCAGCUGCCCUGAGCCCGAGCAGGUGAACGCAACGGUGUGGCCCCCAGACUCAGCGCCUGAGAUUGAAGAACUUAGGCGGCGGUUGGCCGAGGCUGAGCAGCGCCAGGAGAGCCUGGCCGGGUGGCUGCAGCGCGCCGAGGGCGACAGGAGGGAGCUGGAGGUGGCGCUCAAGGCCUGCAAGGACCGACAGAGCCGGCUUCAGACCCAACUGAAGACCCUGAGGAUUGAGAUGGAUGAGGCCAAAGCCCAAGGCACGCAGAUGGGGCUACAGAAUGGAGAACUGACAGAAGCCUUGGCGCGUUGGGAGGCUGCAGCCACUGAGUCCAAGCAACAGCUGGAAGCGGCAAUACAGCGCGCUGGCGCAGCAGAGGCAGAAGGCGAAGCUUGCGUUGGCCGGGAGAUGGCGCUGAGGGAGCACAUUUUCGCCCUGGAAGCCGAGCUAGCUGACCUGCGAAGAGGAUCGCGCCCCCGUCCCCGCUCAGGACCCAGGUCCAAGCCCAGCAUCCGCUCCCGCCCGAGGUCUGGAUCCACUAAGAGCUGCCGUAGGCCACCUCGUGACCCCCAGUAGGACAGGAGCCUUGGGCCAGGACUGACAGCGUGGGUGAGAGACGUGACCCACAGGGUCCACACGCAGCUUUCCACCCACGACGGCCUAGGGGGCAGCGCACAGAGAGACUCAAUCCUCCUCUCUGGAGCACACAGCUAGAUCAUCACCACAUAGGGAAACUGAGGCUUAUUUUGUCCGGCCGCGAUGGCCCAGGUAACCACGCUGCGAGGCUCACCCUGUAGGAACGCACAGAACUCCCGUGGGAUUUCAACAGAGAACCGAGGCAUACUCCAGUAAGAAGGUUUACAAAUUCUUAGAAGUCAUAAGAAUCGGGGCCUGGGGCCUGGACAGUGACCCUGUUCUGGAGGAGAUGCCCACAUGACAAGAAAAGACAGUGCAGGAAAUAAGAAGGGGCGCUGUCUGGGUCACAUGGAGGGAAGGGACUCUCUCUGGGUCUCAAAAAAAAAAAUCAUUGAAAGAUCGAUAGUUCCCCUCUUACCUCCCUUCCUGAUUCUCCCUCCCCUCUUUCCUCCCUUUUUUCUCUUUCCCUUUCAACAGUGUCUCAUGUAGCCCAGACUAACCUCAGACUAGCCUUGCUGCCCUGGACCUCCUGACACCCCUCCCCUCGGGCUGGGAUUAAAGACCUGCAUUACCAUACUCUA